AUGAAUAUUUUAAAUAAGAGCAAUGUUAAUAUACUCGAUCUACCAGAUGAAAUGCUACGUGCUAUUUUCAAUAAACUGAAUAUGAUCAAUGUACUCUAUUCAUUAGUAGAUGUUAAUCUACGAUUUGACCGAUUAGUCCUUGAUUCUUUAUAUAUUCAUCAUCUCGAUUUUGUGAUCAAACGAGAUUAUAUUCAUAAUCAGUCAAAAGAUACCUAUUUUCUCGAUAGAAUUUGUAACAAAGUUUUACCUCGAAUUAGAGUUCAUGGGGAAUUUGAAUUUGCGGCAAAUUCAAAAUUCUUAUACCGCUUAUACCGCUUAUAUCGCUAUAGCGUUGAAGGAAAAUUAAUUCUUAUUGCUGUUAAUCAUCAUCAAGUAUUAAUAACUGAAGCAUCGGAAUAUCAAGGUUGUGGUCGACAUUUAUUUGGAUUGAGUAUAAUAGCAUAUUUAGCAGGAAAACUAUCCGAACUUACAAAUAAUCCAUCAUAA